AUGAUUCGUGUACGAAGAAUACGAAAGACAACAAUGAUACGUUAUCCUUAUAAGGAAAUACGGAGACUGUCGCAUGCGUCCACAACGACUGCUAAUACUGAAGAUACUUCCAUGCUUAUCCCAACUCCAUUAAAGUUCACCAACAGACAACUUAGACUUCAGUACUCCUCAAUUGGAUCAGACUUUAUUCGAUUGGCCCUGUAUCGAAGAUUUAAAGAAUUGCUUAGGGAUGAAAGUGGUGCUCUUAUUAAAGCAGCAGUUCAUGAUUUAUCCGCUUUCUUAAGAAAAGAAUUACCCAAGAAGGAUUCAAUUCUCCAUUGUGAGAUGAAAAAGUCUUUAACCAAUGAAAGUUCUAGACUUGAACUAAUGAUUCCCCUUGGAUCCGGAACAAAAACAAGCGAAAGUAUAAGAGAGUGGCUUUAUGCUGCAUUUGGAUUUUUGACUGAGGAAUGUUCAGAAGAGGAGGCAAAUAAGAUUGUUGACAAUAUUAUUGAAAUAUACAUAAAUGAAAGGAACUCAAAUAUCAACACCUUAUUCAACAGAAAUGUCGUAUUGAGCGAAAGGGACGAAUUUACAAUGCGUGCAUUCAAUGAAUAUAUCGAGAAAGUCAAGGUACGAGAUGAUUUGUUAUAUGAGAGUGAUUCCAGAUAUAUUUCUUUCCGUGAGGUUUUUGAUCAAAAGAUAUACCUACCAGAUUUACCUAAAAUACAUGAUCGCGAACUACUAGUAAAAGGAUUAAUGCAUAAGGAAUUCUAUAGAAUGAUGUUAAAUCCAGAACACCAGUUUGCCCAAACCAUGACUACCGGAGGUUAUGAUUUAGACUUUAGAAACUAUGGCAUAGUGAGAAAGGAAUUAUCUGUUCUCGAUGGAUUGGGUGAUUUCUAUUUAAGUCUUGAAGCUUCUCGAAUAACCUAUCUCUUGUGCAGAAGUAAUGGUAGGCAGGUUACCCAGAAUGCAUAUCGAUCAUUGAAAAUUAUAUUGGGUACAAACACGUUAAUGUCAAAACUAACCAAGGCCUAUAAUUUGCAUAUCGGUUUAGGCGACCCCAUAAUUAUGAACCAGUUGAAAACUGAAUGGGUACCUUACACAAUGACGGGUAAAAUGCCUGAUUAUCAGAGUCUAGAUGAAACCCGAAUAUACGAGGAAGAAUUUAUGGCUGAUUUUUUUGAAAUCUAUGCUGGUGCCCUACUAAAGGAACAACCAGAGGUUGCAAAAAAGUUUAUUCACGAGAUUUUCUAUGAGAUAUUGAAGGUAAUAUCCGAAAGUCUACCACCUGAUAUUCCUUACGGAAUAUGGUCUAGCAUGAUUAUAGGAAGAGAAAUCCGUGGUAGGGGCUUCCGAGAAUCAGAUAUCGAAUGA